AUGGAUUUCACCCUGUGUUUCCAGAACAGUGUGGUGACACUCAUCCCAAGCGUGUUCUUGAUGAUCUUCAUAUCCCCUCGCCUUUUAACAGUCGUCGGCAAGGGUCGUCUUGAGGGUGUCAAAGUAACCCCUGUCUUUGUUGUCAAGAUGCUGACCACCCUUGCUGCGUUCGCUGUCCAGCUGGGAAUCCUCAUUAAGGUUAUCUCCGACAAUGACCUCUAUGGCGGUUCCAGCAUUUUGAGUUCCGCCGUCUACUUGGCUGGACUGGCGGGAGCGUUGUUGCUGCACUGGUUUGAACACUACAACAUGCCAAACCCCUCCUCCUCCCUCCUCCUCUUCUGGCUUCUCACAACCCUCCUCUCCAUCUUCCCUACCCGCUCCUGGAUCCAAACCACCCCCGACGGUCUCUCUGCCACACUCCCUACCCUCAAACUCGUCUUUUCAAUCCUCGCCCUCUUCGCUUUCAUCCUUGAGAACAUCCCGAAGCCCAAUUACAAGUCGUUGGUGCGAUCCGGUGGAGUCCCAGUCCCGGAACAAUCCAAUCCUUCCCCGGAACCGCAUUCGAAUUAUUUUAAGAGGUUAACGUUCUUCUGGUUGUUCCCUCUCCUCCGCCUCGGAAAGUCGCGGACCUUGAAGAUGGACGAUCUCUACAACCUCAACCCAAAACUCCUCAGUUACCCUCUUUACCUCACCACCACGGCCAAACUCCACGCCGACGAAGCCAUCGCCCUCGAUAACAAGGCCCAGGACGCAGCAGCUGUCAAGAAGUCCCAGGAGGCUGGCGACACCACGAAGGUGGCGACACGAAUCACGCCAAAAAUUAACCUUUCCGGGACGAUUUUCCACACUGUCGGAUACACCUUUAUGACAGCCGCGAUUCCUAGGGUUUUCUAUAUCGUUUGUUAUUACAUCCGCCCGAUCUUGUUCUCCGAGUUGGUGGCCUUUGUUUCUAGUUAUUCGCCUGCUUCCAAGGCGAGGGGGAUUGAACCACUCGCGCCAUGGAUUGGGUUUGGGUACGUGAUUGCCGUCGUCGCCGCCUCGAUCCUCUCCUCUCUCUUUGACGGACAGUUCCAGUUCAUCAACUACAACGCAGGACUCAAGGCUCGCAGCGUCUUUGUCACCCUCGUCUACCGCAAGUCCCUCCGCCUCAGCUCCACCAACAAACAGGAGGGUAUGGGCUCGAUCGUCAACCACAUGUCCACCGAUGUUGACAAGGUCGUGGCCUUCUUUGACAUUAUUCACCUCCUCUGGUCAGCCCUCGUCGAAGUCAUCAUUACCAUCGCAAUGCUCUACAAAGAAGUCCGCUACACCAUUUUCGCCUCCCUCGGCGUCGUCGUCGUCAUGAUCAUUAUCGUCGGAAUCUGCUCCCCCGCGGUUGGCAAGAACCAAAAGGCCUCCAUGAAGGCCUCGGACCAUCGGAUGAAACUAAUCACAGAACUCGUGGGAGCCAUCAAAUCGAUCAAGUUGUACGGAUGGGAGGAGUACUUUGUCAAGAAGAUUACGACCGCCAGAAAUGAGCAAUUGAUGUACCUCCGCCGGUUCUUCUCCUGGAUCACUGCUGUCGUUACAGUCAUCAACAUGAUCCACCCGUUUGUGAUUUUCGUCACCCUCGCCGUUUAUUCUUCCGUCGCUCCCGCAGAUGCACCCCUGGAUAUCCGUCGCAUUUUUACGACCAUUACUCUGAUCGGCAUGUUGGAGGACCCAGUGGGUCUGUUGAGCAGCUCAAUGUCUGCGAUCGUCACCGGCCAAGUCGCAUACGGUCGUCUGAGCGGGUUCCUGAACUCGGAAGAGAUUGAUGAGACCAAUGUUAUCAAGAACCCAGAUGCCACUGCCUCGGAGAUCGCCUUUGAGGUCACCAACGGAACCUUUGGAUGGUACACUCCCGAAGCUAUCGAUGCCGCGAUCGAAAAGAAGGCCAAGGAGGAUGAGAAGAAGGCCAAAGAGGAGGCCAAGAAGAACAAGAAGAACAAGAAGGCACCUGUUGCCCCCGCCACCGCUGAACUCGAGUCCUCCACCACUUUGGACGAGAAAUCUGAUCCCACCGUGACUGAUGAGAAAGCCGCCCACACCGCCUCAGAAACCCUACCUGCCACCCGCGAUAGCAUGGGCCCUGUCAUGCACGAUAUCAACCUCCAGAUCCGUCGUGGCGCCUUGACAGCUAUCGUUGGCCGUGUCGGCGAGGGAAAGUCGUCGCUUGUCGGCGCUCUCCUUGGUGAAAUGUACAAGUACUCUGGUCAAGUCCGCUCCUUCGGUUCUCUCGCCUAUGUUAGUCAGACAGCCUGGAUUCUCAAUGCUACUGUUCGCGAGAACAUUCUGUUUGGUCGUCCCUUUGACAAGGAGCGCUAUCUCGAGACUAUCCGUUCUUGUGCCCUAGUUCCCGACUUCAAGAUGCUCGUCAGUGGUGACAAGACCGUCAUCGGUGAAAAGGGUAUCAACUUGUCGGGUGGUCAGAAGCAGCGCAUCUCCAUCGCCCGUGCAGUCUACGCCAACGCAGACGUGUACAUCCUCGACGACCCGCUCUCAGCCGUCGACGCCCACGUCGAUCAUCACAUCUUCAAACACGCACUCACCACCAUCCUUGCCGACAAGACUCGUAUCCUGGUCACCAACGGCGUUAAUCACCUCAAGGAGGUCGAUCAGAUCAUUGUUAUCAAACAAGGACGGAUCACACAGGAUGGCGCGUAUGAGGACCUUAUCCAGAACGUUGACGGUGAUCUAUACCGUCUGAUCCAGGAGUCCAAGCUGGUCGCUAGUAAGGAGGAUAAUGCUCCGUCAUCAUCGUCAUCAGUUUCGGAAGCUUCUGAGUCCGAGUUGGAGGAGGAUAAGGCAUCUAUUGUCGCCUCCAUUUCUGAGAAGGAGUCCCUUCCUACCUUCACCACCGAUCGCCCAGCUGGUCCCGUCAAACGCCCGACAUUUAAGCGCGCCAAAUCCUCCAAAGCUAACAAACAGGGCGACGACGACCACCACCUCGAGAUCGACGAAAAGAACGAAGUCGACGAAGAGAUCACCACCGAGGGCCGCGUAGGAUGGGAAGUCUACAAGUACUACAUUACCUCCAUCGGUAUCGUAUCCUGCACAAUCUUCCUCCUCUCCACUCUUGUUAACCUCGCUGUCCUGGUCGGGACACAACUCUGGCUCGAGAGGUGGGGUAAUAGUACCGAGAUGGCCGCGGCAGGUCUGGCACCCGAGUCGCACUCGGAUACUUACUGGGUCGUCUCGUACUUUGCAUGGGUGCUUGCGGGCGGUAUCACCCUCGCCGGAGCGAUUGGAUUGUCGAUGAUUGUCAUGGCCCAGCGGGGUUCCCACUUCCUCCACGCCGCCAUGCUCCGCCCUCUUGUCCGCGCACCCAUGAGUUUCUUUGAUAUCACAUCCUCUGGAAAGAUCGUCAACCGGUUCUCGCACGACAUCAACGCCGUCGACAUUGAGCUUCCUCUCCAAUUCGUCAACAUGCUCUUCAUCUCCACCAUGGCUAUCUCAAUCUUUGUCUUCUGUAUCCUCGCCACCCGCUGGUUCUUCGCAAUCAUGGUCCCUCUCGGAAUCUGCUACUACAUCCUCGGCGGGUUCUUCCUCGUCUCCUCCCGGGAACUCAAACGUCUCGACUCGGCAGCCCGCUCGCCCAUGUAUGCCCACUUUGGAGAAACCCUCGCAGGUCUCGUAACAAUCCGCGCAUUCAACGAUACAGAACGCCUCGCCAUUCAAGCAACAACCCUCCUGGACCGGUCCCAAACCACAGGCUACUUGACAAACAUGACCAACCGCUGGCUCCAAAUCAUGAUCGACCAACUCUCAACCCUCACACUCGGCUUUGUAUGCUUAAUGGCAGUCGUCCAACGCGAAGGCAGCGCCGGCAACUUUGCAAUCAUGCUCUCCAACAUCGGCGUCUUGACCCUCAUCAUGUCCCGCAUCCUCUCCACCUCCUGCUUGAUCCAAACGUCCAUCGUCUCCGUCGAACGUGUCCGCGAGUACUCAAACCUCACACCCGAGGCCCGUGAUGUCAUCCCUGAUUCCAAAACCGACCCCGCUUGGCCUCAGAAUGGUGCGAUCGAACUCAAGGACUACAGUGUCCGCUACCGUGAAGGUCUGGACUUGGUCCUCAAGGAUGUGAGUGUCAAGAUUCAGCCCGGAGAGCGCGUCGGAAUCGUCGGCCGCACAGGCGCCGGCAAGUCCAGUGUAACCCUCGGCCUCUUCCGCAUCAUCGAAGCUGCUACCGGCUCUAUCACUAUUGACGGGAUCGACAUCUCCACCCUCGGUCUCCACGAGCUCCGCUCCCGUUUGACCAUCAUCCCCCAAGAGCCCUUCCUCUUUGGCGACACAAUCCGUCUCAACCUCGACCCUUUCUCAUCCCACACUGACGCCGAGAUCUGGUCCGCCCUCGAAUCCGCCUCCCUCAAGCCCUACAUCACCACCCUCUCCGAAGGUCUCUCAACCGUGAUCGAAAAUGGUGGCGAGAACAUGUCCCUUGGUCAACGCCAACUCAUGUCCCUUGCACGCGCGAUGCUGGCCAAGAGCACCCGUGUUCUCUGCCUUGACGAAGCCACCGCCGCCAUUGAUGUCGAGACCGACAACGCCAUCCAACGCGCUUUGAGGAGAGAGUUCCAGAACUGUACCGUCCUCACGAUCGCCCAUCGUAUUAAUACGAUCAUGGACAGUGACAAAAUCCUAGUUCUCGACCAGGGACGCGUCGCAGAGUUUGAUUCCCCUACGAACCUGUUGGAAAAGAAGGAUGGGUUGUUCUAUGGUCUUGCAGCCCAGAGCGGCAACGUCUAA